AUGGUUUUAAGACCGGCAGCUCGUCGUGCAAAUCGACGCAGUGCUCUGCAAAAGUCACAGGUGGCAGCGUCGGCUACAAGCUUGGACCAGCUGAAGAGCGACACAAGCACGCUCAGGCCUGAGAAGCGUUCCAUGAGUGUACGAGAUCUGAAUGGUGAGGAGUUCGACUUCUCCAACAAGGAUUCCGUCACCAGAUGGACGUCGCAAAUUCUUGCCGAGUUGGAUUCGUUGCCAUCAAGUUGCAUCAAUUUGACGGAGUCUGACAAGAUCGAUAGCCGUCCAAUGUUUGUACGGAAAGCCGAUCAGAACGGUAUGAAUGGCAUGCAUGUGAACGAAAGCCGAAAGUUUUCUACGGUAAGCUCUCACGUUUUUUUAUUCUUCGAUGACUAG